UGUCGGGGAAUACUGGGCGCGAAUUCGAUAAGUAUUGUGGUGGCCCCCCCCUCAGCUGUGUUGUGUGUCCGGCUGCUGCGAAGCAGUACGUUAGGUUAGGUGCCAAAAUGUCUAAAAGGAAAAGCAGCUCCGUCAGUGACAAACCCCACAAACGGAUCAGACCUGUGGAGGAGGAAGAAGUGGACGAUGCAAAUGUUGAUGCUAGUGACCAGGAAGAUCGUCCACUGAAUAAACAGGUGCAGGGUGCUGGUGAGGUGGUGAGUGACGCAGGGAUUGUGGAGAGCAUCACUUUGAAGAACUUCAUGUGCCACUCUCUCCUGGGUCCCUUCACUUUUGGUUCCAAUGUCAACUUUGUUGUCGGCAACAAUGGAAGUGGAAAGAGUGCUGUUCUGACAGCUCUCAUAGUUGCUUUAGGUGGGAAUGCACAGGCCACAAACAGAGGAUCAUCCCUCAAGGGUUUUGUGAAGGAAGGAGAAAGCUCUGCUGAUGUAUCGAUCACCCUGCGAAACAAAGGAAGGGAUGCUUUCAAACCUGAGGUGUAUGGAUCAGCCAUCAUUGUGGACCUGAGAAUAACACGUGAUGGGUUGAGAACCUAUAAACUAAGGAGCAAAUCAGGUCAACUUGUUUCAAACAAAAAGGAAGAGCUCCUGUCCAUACUGGACAAUUUUAACAUACAGGUCAACAAUCCUGUGUCAGUUCUCACUCAAGAGAUGAGCAAAUACUUCCUCCACUCAAAAGGAGAAGGAGACAAAUAUAAGUUUUUUAUGAAAGCUACCCAACUGGAGCAGAUGAGAGAGGACUUUGUCUACAUCAAAACCACCAAGCAUGUCACAGAGGAUAAAGUUGGGCAACAUAGUGAAUGCUUGAAAGACUUGAAGCGGAAGUACAUGGAGAAAGAGGACCGUUACAAGAGCCUGACAUCAUUAGAUGAAAUGCACACAAAGCUGGAAGAGUUGCAGAAGCAAAUGGCUUGGGCUUUGGUGAGUGAGUUGGAGAAGGAGACUGAGCCAAUAAAGGAGAAGCUGCAGUCAGACAGACGUGCUACAGAGAAAUAUGAUGAGAAGGUGGAUGAGUGGAAGAAAAAGGUCGAGGAGGCUGAGAAGAAGCAAAAGCAGAUCCAGGAACAGUUGGAGGGGAUCACUCAGCAGCUCCAGGAGCUCCAGCCCAAAUGUGCUGAGCUCAAGGCUGAGGUCCAAAGACAGAAUACCCCUCUUAAGACGAGCGAGGUCACUGUCCAUAGAUGCAAGGCUAACCUGAGGGACCUUGAAAAGGACAAGGUUCAGCUGUCCACCAGGAUAAAUGAUCUCAAGCUGAGCAUCAGUCAGACAACAGGUGCAGAGAGCCAGGCCAGGACGAAGCGUAUGGAGCAGAUACAGGCUGAGCUGGAAGACCUGACACACCAGAUCUCCACCCUGGGCCAGCAGAUUGACCAGUAUCACCUCGCUUGUGGCCGUGCCAAAGAAGAACAAGGAAAAAUGAGGAGAGAGCAGGAAAUGCUCCAGAGGUCCAUUGACGCCAACAGAAGAAAUCUGCAGACAAUGGAGAGCAGUCGGUCCAAUCGCCUGCGCCGUUUUGGUGAGAACAUGCCAGCACUGCUCAGCGCCAUCCAGGAAGCCCUGAAAACGGGACAGUUCAAGCAGAGACCUCGAGGACCUCUGGGUUACCUUAUUAACCUAAAGGAUCCAGAGUUGGCCCUGGCUGUAGAAGUAUGUGUUAAAGGCCAGCUGAAUGCCUUUACCUGUGAUAACCACGAGGAUGAGAAGGUGCUACAGGGCCUCAUGGGCGAAGUGUUCCCUCCUGGCCGUAGACCUGCCAUCAUAACAAGCCAUUUUCUCCCACAUGUCCACGAUACAAGAAAGAGGGCUGUGAAUCACCCCGAUUACCCCUCCGUGCUUCAAGCUCUAGAAAUUGACGACCCAGUUGUGGCCAAUUGCCUGAUUGAUCAAAGGGGUAUAGAGAGCAUUCUCCUCAUUAAGAAUCGUACAGAGGCCCGGAAAGUAAUGCAGGGAAAAAGCCCUCCACUGAACUGUACCCAGGCCUUCUCGAAGGAGGGAGAUCAGAUCUUCAGUAACCGCAGUUACACUGCUGAGCAGACUAGAGCCAACUACCUCUCGGGAGAUGUUGAGGAGGAGAUAAGGCACCUACAGAGGGAGAUCGAGAAUCAGAAAGGUCAGGUGACUCGCUUCCAGCUGCAGAUGAAAAGGUUAGAUGAAGACAUCAAACAGAACGAUGGUCUGCUGAGAAGAACCACCGUAGAGCAGAAGACAACCAAAGAAAAGGCAACAAAGCUACAGCUGGAGCUGACAGACCUACAAAAUGUGGAAGAACCUCAGUCAGAGGACCUCAGGCCCCUGGAGGAAGAUCUUCAGGAGAUUGUUGCCAAGAUCUCAUCCAAGCGGGCUGAAUUAGAUGAGGCACAAGCUCAGAUGGCUAAGCAUAAGGCCUCCUAUGAGAAGGCAGAGCAGAAGUACAAGCAGCACAAAGAGCAGAUCAACAUAGUCGCUGAGGAGGCCGACUCAAUAAAG